AUGGCGUCGUUCCGCGCGAUGGCGACGCUGGAUCGCAGCACGUUGGUCCCGAGCGGUCGCCAUAUCUGGAGUAUCUGUUGCAACUCGGCCACCUUUGGGAAACAUGCUAGCAAGGACGCCGUGCGUGAGGUUCUGGCGAGGUCUUUUUCGGUGCGACAUCGAGGACACAUCUUGCGCGCCACCGAUGCGGCGCUGUUGUCCAUGAUAACUGUCAACAGCGCCCAUAGCGGAAGUAAAAGUGUCAAGCGACAAUCGGCAAACACUCCGUAUGCGGGAAAGUCAAUUGACACGCACGUGAUUAGGCACGGCUCCAGGCUUGAAGCUUCUGACCAAUUGCCGAUGGAGGAUAAGGCAGGCUCAGACCCGCAAUUAACUUAUCACUUUCCCAUAACUAGUCGUUUUGAGCCGGUGACGGUCAUCCGUCACUCGGCUGACGCACGGGCCCCCUACGUUGCGCCCCACCCAUUGGAAGGUCCCGCAUGCUGCGGCGCCCUGUCGGGGCUGGCUGAGGUGACCACAGUCGCGUGCCUGGUUGGUGGUUGGUCCCAUUUCUUUUCGAACCGCAGAAUGCGUGCGGCCCUUCAACCUGCCCCCCAUUGGGUAGACGUCGGCGCCGAGAGUUAUGGAUUCGGAUCUUACUUAUACGGCCCGCCUGCGCGAGGUGGUCGAGCGAUGUCUUCUCGAGUCCCAGCAGCAGACGCCGGAAAACACGAGACGAGCGUACGCUCCCAAGCAGUGUUGAACAACGUGGUUAUGCAUGGCUGGCCGGCAACCCACGUGCCCGGACGACCCCUGCCGGAAGACCUUGUCGAUGAGGGCAAACUGCUGCUCUUCAUGGCCGACGAGGUGGUUUCCCGUGCGCCUCGGACCGGCUCCCGGGUCGCCCAGGAGCGGAGGAAACGUCGCGAAACCGAACAAGCCGGUGGGAUCGCCAAACGGAAGAAAUUGCAGGGCCAUGGCAAGGACGAGGUCGCCGAGUGGUCAGAAGACUGUAUAGUGGUUCACACCGUACCUGCGGACGCCGACGACGCAGAUUCCGGGGACGUGGAAAGCUCUUUCGAAUCAUCGCUCAAGCUUCAGUAUAACACGGUUCGGAGCUACGUCUCCGCCAUCCAGAAGCUCUACGACGUCCAGAGGACUCGCGGAAUAAAUCCGGCGCCCCGGCCGCAAAGCGUGGCGUUAAAGGCCAUGCAGAAAUCGAUCCUCCGGACGACUUGGGCUCGCAAGCGUUCGGAAUACGCGGACCGCGGCGAAAACACGAUCAAGGACUCGUAUACGCCGUCUCAGAUUCCGGUCCACACGUCCGCCGUAUGGAACGAGUCCAAGCAGAUCGCCUGCGCCCUGCGAACGCAGGUGUAUUUUCUUCUCGGCAACCAUAUGCUUCUUCGUUCGAGCAAUCGGCGGCCGCUCGAGCUCCCAGAUUGCUUUUGUCUGGAACUCCCCAACGAGGGCGUCAAGAAUAAGGAUAACAUCACUCGGGCAUUUGUCGUCGUGAUGAAUCAGGGAAAAACUAAUCAGCACGGUCGUCUGGAAUAUGGCGCCUGUUUGAGACAUCGCGAUCCGUUGGCCUGCCUCGUGGGCGCCCUAGGUUUCUGGCUCUUUUACCGCUGGCACGUGGAGAAGGAGUCGUUCCCGAGCUUUUCGCGACGAAAAGACUGGUACGACCUGAAGAUCCUUCGGCGCUCGAUCAACGAGCCCAAAGAUGUGUUGACCCCCCAGACUGCGAACGACUGGACUCGGCGUUUCUAUGAGAAAAGCGGAAUUAAGACGACUAAGGCGAGUCAUGCCCCGCGAGUCGCGAGCUCUCAGAACGCGGACAUCGCCGGUGUCCACGAAGGCCAGAUCCGCCGCGCGGGCCGUUGGAAUAACGGAGACCAGAUGACGGGCUGCUAUCUGACCUCUCUGCCCCUGGAGUUUAUGCGGGCUGUCGCCGACUUUGACCCUGAAUGGUCGGGGUCUUAUUUCAUUGCCAGGAGCACCGCCAAGCCUCCCGGCCGUCUUCUCGCCCGGGUCUUCCCUGGGUUAGAUUACUGGAAGGAACAGCACGACGCUCCGGAAAGUAGUCCAUUCGCCGCCACCGUUCAGCAAGACAAGGCUGCGGGCGCUUUCCUUGAGCUUCUCGCCUGGCUCCGGGAGGUGGUCCUCCAAGAUGCUGCCUUCCUGAAGCCUCUGUUCCCGAAUCAUCCCAUCUUCCGGGACCCUCUCUUCCAGGAUCCGGAAUUCGAACAAUACGCAGCCCGGGUCCGUGAUAUCUGCAGCCAGGCUCACGAGGAUAGCCACCAAACGGCCAUCGAGAAGACAAUCCCGUCGGUGGCGGAGAAGUUGCGCUCCAUCUCGACCCAGCAGGUCGCCCAGAAUGCGCUAAACCAACGGCGACACGAGGAAACGGUUCAGGCCCUCCGGAAGCUAGAAAGGAAACUAGACCUGCUGGCGAACACCAGAUAUACGGUUACUAUAAGCCCCGAAGGUAAACAUCUGGAACAGAGGGUGGAGUUGCCACGCGGCAGGCGCGUACACCGGAGACGGCGAGAGUCGUCGCUGUCUCCCUGCUCCCCGCCUCCCCAUGCCUCUUCGCUUGCCUCCACCACUGCCGCCGCCUCCUCUUCUAAUACCGAGCAUCUUCUUCGGACCGGGAACGAGAAGCCGGUUGGACAGCAUAUUCCUACAGUGUCUCCGUCGAAAGCUCCAGGCGUCGCAGUUGUCGGUCCGGAGGAUGACGAAUCGCCGCCCCGUUUUCGAUUCCCACAGUCCGUCAGGACGGUAAUGGAACUCUGGCGUCUCUGGAGACACGGACUACCUCCAAUGCCGUCCAUUCAAAGUCUCGAAGAGCGUUGGGGUGCUCGGUGGCGAGCAAGAGGCGACCGACAAUACUUCUCCAUCCGUCGUAGGAUUUUCGACGAGAUUGUACGUCGCUCGCAAGCCCGAGACCAGCCGGAGGAGGUCUCGGCGCGAGAGAUGGAUAUAGAGAGGGGGAAGAUCUCUUUGGAUAAGUUCUCCAAAGCUCUGAGGGCGCAACGGGGCCAGGGCACCGGUUGA